AUUUAUAAGUGUUUUAUGGCAGCAGAUUUACCAAAACCAAUAGAGAAAAAAAUGUACAAAGGGACUUAUCCCACGUGUCAUGAUUUCAAUGUGAAAACUAUGAGCCCGGACUCGGUAUCAUUACUAAUAGGCUUUUCUACGGGUCAAGUGCAGCUAAUCGAUUUAGUCAAAAAGGAUGUUAGCAAAUUAUAUAAUGAAGAGAGGCUGAUAGACAAGACGAAGGUGACGUGCAUGAGGUGGGUGCCCGGUUCGCCGAACUCGUUCGUGGUUUCGCACAGCAGUGGCCAGCUCUAUGUCUACAACGAGGAGUCGCCUUGUGGCACCUCGACGCCCCACUACCAGCCAUUCAAGCAAGGCGAUGGCUACACGGUGCACACAUGCAAGACUAAGAGCACCCGCAAUCCGCUCUACAGGUGGGUGAUCGGCACGGAAGGCAGCAGCGUGAACGAGUUUGCGUUCUCGCCGUGCGGACAGCGACUGGCGGUCGUUUCACAGGACGGCUUCCUCAGGGUGUUCGACUACAGUCGUAUGGAGUUGGAAGGGUGCGCGCGCAGCUAUUUCGGUGGGUUCCUGUGCGUGUGUUGGUCGCCCGACGGCAGGUAUGUGGUGGUGGGGGGUGAGGACGACCUGGUGACCGUGUGGAGCUACCACGAGCGGCGAGUGGUGGCCAGGGGACAGGGACACCACAGCUGGGUCAGUGUGGUCGCCUUCGAUCCGUUCACCACAACCCUCUCCGACAGCAGGGGAUCGCAGCUCAGUGUAGAUAGGACUAACAGUAGUGAGUGUGGGGGGGAGGCGACCAACAACGAACAACAGUGCAAUAACGUGGAUACAACAUGCUAUCGGCUGGGGUCUGUCGGUCAGGACACGCAGCUGUGUUUGUGGGAUAUCACGGAGGAUCUGCUGCGGCAGCCUGUGUGUAGUCGGACUCGAAGUGGCACGCACAAUGCGUCGUUCGGCUCGGGCAUCAUCAACACAGGUGGGGGUGGGGCGUCGUCGUCGACCAAGUGCAGCAGUAACAACACGUCGACUGCGGCGACCAGCAACUCGAUACACAACCGCGACAAGGAGAGUUUGAGUGUGAGUGAGAGCAACACGCUCAACUCGUCGCACAGUCCGCCGUCGUUCACGCAGCGACUGGCGGGGCUGGGUGGACGCGGUGGCGGGGCAGGGGCGGGGGCGGCAGCCGUGUGUGACGACCCCAUGCGACUGAUUGGCACCGGUGCAUGCCCCCGCUUCGACGAGUGUCCGCUGCUCGAGCCGCUCGUCUGCAAGAAGAUCGCCCAGGAGCGACUGACGGCCCUCGUCUUCCGUGAAGACUGCUUCGUCACCGCCUGUCAGGACGGCUAUGUCUACACGUGGACCAGGCCGCCCAAAUCGGGUAGUGUAGCUCAACAUAUAGCCGCGGCCAGUCCUACGAAUGCAACAGUGAUAGCGGUUGGUGGGGGUGGCACAGUAGUAUAGUUGUGUGCAGCUAUCUAAUCAGUGCGCUGCGUUCUCUAACUCAAUCUUGACUCUAGACUGCAAGCCAAGUAAUGUUGUGUAUUCUUGUUGUUCUCCUAAUCAAACUCAAAACAAAUAAUUAUAGUAUAAUCAACUUUUAAUUUAAUCAAACUGGCUUGACGAGUUCCAGUCACUGAGUACUACAAUACGAUAUAAACUGUUUUUUGAAUGUCUUUGUGAUUUUCUAUCAUCUUCAUUCAUUAUUAUAGUCAUUCAUUGGUAUGACUCAUGUUUAAGUUGAUUAAAUUCGUGUGAAAUUGAGCAGUCUUCUGGAAAAGUAUCUGGGAAUUUCGGCAGGUUCUUCCAUUUAAAAAAAAAACAUCUCAACAAAAACUACUACUGGUUUCUCUCAAUUAGUCAAUAAUUUGUCUUGUCCAGUUCUGUAGUUCCAUUGUAACCAACUUAGCAGUUUGAUAGAGUUUUGUAUAGAAUUUAAAAUCGGUUUGUUGUCUUAUCACAUUUUUUUCUAUUUUUUUAAGUUUGCAUUCAAUUACGUAUUUUAUUUAAAAAUUGCUAACCUUUUAAGUGAGCCUUUACUGAAAAUUCCGUAAACACUAUAUUGGUGUAUACUGCAUUCCGUAUACUAAAACUUAGUGAAUAAUUUAAUAUAAAAACUAAAUUUUGCCAUCAUUUUUGUUCUUGCCCUGAAACAUUAAAACUCAUUAAGACUGUAGUGAUCGAAAUUUGAAUUACUAGAAAAUUCUGCUAGUUUUAUAUUAAUGACAUGUUCGAAGAUUGAGAUUACUUUACAUUAUCUACAAUAAUUGAAUUUGCCAGAAUUAUUGUUCGAAUCAGGUUUGCAGAUGUAUUCAAUGCUGUAAAACUUCCUUGGCUGUAAAAUAAUUUUAUAAGACGAACUAAGUUUUUGUCUAAUUUUCAAUAAACAACUUCCAUGAGUUCUAUUGUCUGAAUUAUAAUAAUAUUCACGAUAAAACCAAGCAACAAAAAAGCUAUUCAUGAAUCCAUAUUGAUCAAACUGUUGCUCAGUGAAGAAAUAAGUGUAAAUAAAAUUACCAAUAUAAUUUUGAGAAACACGCACUUGGUUAUUGAAAUUGCUCAAUGCAUUCCACGUCGAAAAUCAAAUUUAUAAAUGAGUGACUUAUGUAAUAUUGUUUUUCAUGUAUGUGGCAAUUCAUAAAUAGAGUAAUGAAUUAAGCACUUAAAUGUGCAUUAUUUGAUAAAUUUAUUUGUAAAUAAAAUUCCGAAAAUUAAUGAUUUACUCUAUAAAAUCCUAAUUUUAUUGUUUUCAUAUCAUAGAAAUUCCAUUAAUAUCAAGCUAGUUUUCUCUAUGUUUUAGCUUUAUUAGUGUAUUCUAUUUUGCAUUAAGUUAUGCGUGAUUUUAAGUUUUUACAGUAAACUAAUUAAUUAAAUUUAGUUCAGUAGUGUAUUUUUUCAAAUUACUUCUGUGAUGUUUGCCAAAUUGUAUUGAAAGUUAUUUUUAUAAUUUCCUUGUUCCAAGCUGAACAUUUUUGUUAACUAGGCUUAUAUUAUUAAACAGUUGACUGACAGUUUUUAAUAUUACGAAUUUCAAUCAAAAUCAAUCAAUUACUGAUGAAUUGAUGAUAUCCUAAUAUAAUUUUAGAAAUUCGCCUGCAUUCUUCUUUUACUCUAUAGAUACACUCAGUAUUGUCAUCAAUGACUACUGCGGCUAAACAUUCCUUCAUUUGACGCGUCUCACUCCAGGUCAGCUUUUGAAAUCAGGAAACCUACAACAAAUUAGCUCAAUCUAUAACAAUAACAGUCCUGUAUAAUCAUGUUUACUCUUGGUAUGAUCAUUUUUUGCGAUUAAAUUAGACUACUUCAAGCAUGAUCUGAAUAUUCACAUUUUGUACUAAGGCCUCUUCAAAAUUACUGUGCAUAAAUAAUUGUCUAUUUAUGUUUGCUCAACAAUUUCAUUUUGCCAUAUUUGUGGGUUUUACUGAACUUGGCAGUUUUCUAUUGAUAUGUGCGUUGCACUUUCUUUGUAAUAACUUUGUAUGGUGUGAUAGUGCAAUCAGCGAAUUGGUCAAUCUUGUACCGUACUCAUUAUUCUUAUUAGAUCAUGAACAGUUUUGACAAAUCCAUUUUACGUGUGAUGCAACUAUUAUCUUACUUGUAAAUGUGGUGAUUUUCCUUUGUAAACUUGAUUUAAAAAUUUCUUUCGUAACUUCCUAGCUAAAUUAUGAAAACAGAUUCUCACUUCAUUGAAUGUUUCAAUAAGAACUGAUACUUCCAUACAUUUUCAUGGAAUACCAUAUUGUUAAUUGAACUGUUGGUUGUGAACUAUACAGGUAGAAGAUUCAAAUAAAAUUGUAGCAGAAGUAUACUUACAAAUAUGUCAUUGUAUGAAUUAUUAUGUGCUGACAGAUUCAAAAAUAUUAUUUAAUUCCCAUUUAAGUUGUGUACAGUUCAAUAUUUGUUUGUUUUGUUAUUUGUAAAUUUACAUGAAAGUCGAUAGUAAUAAUAUUGUAAUCAAUUAGUUGUGACUAUUAUAUUGAUAGACACGAAAAAUGUUACCAAAUUUCUCUGUUGACUUUUUUCUGAUUUUAUUUUGAAAUAGAAUCGGGAAGCAAGUUCUAUGUAAUUUGUUUACUAGUACCGUAAUGAAUUGGUCAACAUAUUACUGUAAGCUUUCCUAUUUUCAUUUAGUUGAAUUAUUGUACAAAGAUAAACUUGUUAGUUGUUGAAAUAUUUAUUAUUAUGACUCAAAUGAUGUGACGGAUUAUGAACAAAGCUGGUUUAAUGAUUGGAAAAUAAAAAGUGUUUAUAUAGAA